AUGCGGCUCACGGGGCGACAGUCGCAUGACAGGCUCAAGAAUCACCAGCCUCUUUCAGCUUUACGAUGGUGUUUCUACACCUACCCGAAGGAUUUUCGCGAGGCUGGUCUAGAGAUGCCUGUUGUGAACCAAAUCGAGGUGAGCAUCUCUAUGAUUGGCUCAUACGACCAUGACGAGGAAGCUGAAACUAUUAUCAGUUACAUCCAUUCUGCCAGCAAAAACCCAUUAUUGAAUAUUGUCGCAAGAACAAGAUUAUUGUCCAGGCACACUCCCCUCCUGUGCCGUAGUGCUCUGGACAUCCCAGUCAUCCAAGAGCUUGCCGUAAAGUACUCUAAAGAUGCUGCUCAAAUUAUUAUCAAGUGGUCUUUGCAACGAGGAUUUGUGCCUACCCAAAUCCUCGCAGUCCCACUGUAUCAUAUCCAACGGCUGAGUAUUCGACUAGAACAUCGACCCUACGGACGUGGCAAAGCUUGA